CCACGUGAACUCCUCGGCUCCAGGCUCCGGGUUCACAUGCGGCGCCCAACGAUGGAUCAUCAUGGAUGGAUGCACGACACGUCACUAACGUCACAGCUCACAGGCGUCCUUUUUUGAGAUUGAGCAGGAACGAAUGCACGCUCAUCUCUUCGUGAAUCGCCCAAUCAGUCAGUUCAUCAAUAGCAGCGGCAGCGAAAUGCAUACCACCACUACCCGCGCAGCAACGCCUUGAAUGCAAACACACACAAGACACCCCGCACGUCCUAGGCACCACCGGCAGCAAAGCUAAAAUACUUGGAAGCGGCCGGCCGGCCAAGUGUCUUGGCGGUCGGUCGCCAGGUCAAGAAAAAUCCCAGCGAGCACUCCUUCCGCUCCACGCUUGCUUGCUUGGCAAUGCUCUCCUCCUCGUCCUCCUCCCGUGCGGCGUAGGUGAGCGCGGCCAGCAAGCAAAGGCGCAGCCGGUUAUUAUCAUUGAAUAUUUCUUUUCAAUUUCCCCGUCGCGGGGGCUUUGUCCGCCGCCUGUGUACCCGCCUAUAAAUUCGGCGGGAAGCCACGAUCGUUGGUGCAGAUGUUGAGUUCUUCCCGCCACAACAGAGCAGCGCAGCGUGAGCGUGGACUGGACCAACUCCAUCUAUUUCUACCUGCUACUUCUUCUCUCGAACAAGCGCAGGAGCACGCGCUGCUGACAGGCGGUGAAGGCUGAUCGAUAUGAUGAUGGCGAAAAUGCUGCUCUUGUUCUUGUUGGUUGCUCUGAUGGAAGGUUCCAUGGUGAUGUCUCUUCCUUACGAUUAUUCGGCAAGCGUCGAGUGUUUGGCGGAGCCGCCGGAGCCCCAGUACGGCGGCGGAAUCGUCCGCAACGCCGGCUUCAGCGCCGGGCUCCUGGGCUGGUCGCCGUUCGGGUACAGCAGCGUCGCCGAGGCCACGUCGGUGACGACGGGGAACAGCUACGCCGUGGCGAGGAACCGGACGAAGCCGUACCAGAGCGUGAGCCAGAAGGUGUACCUGCAGAACGACACGCACUACACUCUCUCAGCGUGGUUGCAGGUGAGUGGAAGCUUCGCCGUGGACGUGCUGGCGGUGGUGAAGACGGCCCAUGGCUUCGUCCACGCCGGCGGGGUGGUGGCCAAGCCCGGCUGCUGGUCCAUGCUCAAGGGCGGGCUCACCUCCGCCAAGGCCGGCCGCGCCGAGCUCUACUUCGAGAGCAACGCGACGGUGGACAUAAUGGUGGACAGCGUGUCCCUGAAGCCCUUCACCAAGGCCGAGUGGUCAUCACACCGCGCCGAAUCGACUUCGAAGCUUCGCCGGAAGACGGUGCGGCUCCAGGCAACAGACUCGUCUGGCACCCCUCUGCAGGGGGCCUCCAUGUCCGUGGAGACGGUCCGCAGCAGCUUCCCCGUGGGCGCGGCCAUGAGCCGCGAGAUCCUGAGCAACGCGGCCUACCAGUCCUGGUUCACCUCCCGCUUCACGGUGACCACCUUCGAGAACGAGAUGAAGUGGUACAGCACGGAGCCGUCCCCGGGCAAAGAGGACUACUCCGUGGCCGACGCCAUGCUGGCGCUGGCCAAGCAGCACGGCAUCGGGGUCCGCGGCCACAACGUGUUCUGGGACGACCCGAAGCAGCAGCCACGGUGGGUGCAGGCUCUGCCAUACACGGAUCUCCUGGCGGCGUCGUCCCGCCGGAUCCGGUCCUUCGUGUCCCGUUACGCGGGGGAAGUGAUCGCGUGGGACGUGGUGAACGAGAACCUGCACUUCUCCUUCUUCGAGCGCCAGUUCGGGUGGGACGCCUCCACGGCAUUCUACGCGGCGGCGCGACUCCUGGACGGGGCGCCCGGGGCGCUCAUGUUCAUGAACGAGUUCAACACGCUGGAGCAGCCAGGGGACAUGGCCGCGCAGCCGGCGAGAUACGUGCAGCGGCUGAAGCAGAUCAUCAGCUCCUACCCGGAGAACGGAGCCGGCAUGGCGAUCGGGCUCGAGGGACACUUCACGAACCCGGUGAACAUCCCUUACAUGCGGGCGGCGCUGGACACGCUGUCGCAGGUGGGGCUGCCGGUGUGGCUGACGGAGGUUGACGUGGCGGCGGGCCCGCAGCAGGCGGCGCACCUAGAGGAGGUGCUGAGGGAGGCCUACGCGCACCCGGCGGUGCAGGGGGUCAUCCUCUGGUCCGCGUGGCACCCGCAGGGCUGCUACGUCAUGUGCCUCACGGACAACAGCUUCGUGAACCUGCCUCAGGGGGAUGUGGUGGACCGGCUGCUUGCGGAGUGGAAGACGGCGGCGCAGGUUGGGGUCACGGACGCCCAGGGCUACUUCCAGGCAGAGCUCGUCCAUGGCGAGUACAAGGUCACCGUGACCCACCCGUCGCUCAACGCCUCCGUUGAGCAGAGCGUUAUGGUUGAGCCGGGAUUAGGGGAGCACUACUUCAUCCAGGCCUAGAAUUUGAUUAAUCGAUGCUAGGUGUAACGUAGUACUCCGUAGAAAGAAAGAAGGAAGGGAAGAUUCCUGGGCAUAGUCUGCAGAAUUAUUAUGCAGAACACACGACACACUAGCUUAGGCUUAGCCAUUCAUGUAUGACCACCAAUUUUACACGGUAAAAGGGGAGGAAAAGGAGUCCAUUUCUGUUCUGCUUCAUAAGAUUAUUACCAGGUGAAACAUUCCAUGCUUUAGCAUAUGUCAUCCAUAUUGAAGAUGUUAGCUAGCUUUGGCUUCAGGUCAGGAUUAGCUGCUACUUGUUGUUCUCUUCUCACAAGCAUUUCUUUUCUCUGGCAAAUCCUUUUCCCGUUC